CUUCUGCUUUAAUCCCUGCCUCUCUCUCUCUCUCUCACUCUCUCACUCUCUCACUCUCUCACUCUUCUAUGGCGGAGCCGGAGAACCUGGUGGUUUUGAUUACCGGCUGCUCUGAGGGCGGUAUUGGAUACGCCCUUGCUCGGGAGUUUGCCUCCAAUGGCUGCCUAGUGACGGCCACUGCUCGGUCGCUAUCCUCUAUGAGAAGUUUGGAAGGUGACCAAAGGUUCUUCCUCCUUGAGCUCGACGUACUCUCUGACGAAGGCAUCCGGAAGGCAGUGGAAGGUGCAUUGUCGAAGUUUGGUCGGAUUGAUAUCCUAGUUAAUAACGCCGGCAUCCACAACGUUGCCCCUCUCGCGGAGGUCCCUAUGUCCACCUUCGAGCAUGUCAUGAAUACUAAUGUGUACGGCCCUUUGAAAUUAAUUAAAGCUGUAGUACCACAUAUGAUAUCUAGGAGAAAGGGAAAGAUUGUAAAUGUGGGCAGUGUAGCUUCUUUGGCUCCAGGUCCUUGGGCAGGUGCUUAUACUACAUCCAAAGCUGCUCUUCAUGCUCUAACUGACACCCUCAGACUAGAAUUCAGGCCAUUUGGCAUACGUGUUAUAACUUUGGUACCAGGAGCUAUUAGAUCAAACAUUGGAAAUUCUUCUUUGUCAUCCUAUGAAAGCAUGCCAGAGUGGAAGUUCUACAAACCAUUUGAGAAGGCUAUUAAGGCACGGGCUGAUUUCUCUCAAACCGUCCGGUCAACUCCAGCUAAUGAGUUUGCAAAGAAGGCGGUGGCAGGUAUAUUGAAGAAGAAUCCCCCUGCCUGGAUCUCUUAUGGGCAUUUGUGUACUGUUGUUGCAAUCCUAUAUUAUCUUCCAUUAUUUAUUAGGGAUUACCUUUUAAGGCUAGCAAUGAAGUCCUAAGAAGCUUCUGCGUGUGUUUUGGUUAUUGUCCAAAUAUUUAUGUUUUAUAUGCUUAAAUAAUGUGGAUAUCCCUCUUGCUUGCAUUAUCAGCAAUGAAAUAUCAAGCAUUGUACCUUGCAUUGGUUAUUUAUGAGUUUUAUAUGUUUUGAUGUGGGUA